GUGCAGCCGGCAGCGGUCUACAUGGGCUGUGCCGACACAAGCAAGCAGACGCAAACACAGAGCAACACUGCAGGAUGGAUCUGAAAUCUCACCACAAUGUCUCUGACAACACUGAGGGCGGAGCUAUGAAGACUCACAGCCAAUCAGAAUGCAUCUCAGAUCAGCCAAAAGCCAAUGGGACGCUUUGGCGUCACCCCACAGGUCAGGCUCCACUCCCUUGCUCUGAUAGGCUGCAGGAAGCCAACAGCAGCCAUGAAUCUUUGACUGACAGCUUUUCAACCAAUGACAUCUCUCAACUUCUUCCAACCCCACACAAACAGAAAGGUGUGGUCAGCUCAUCAGAGUCCCCUCUUCCUGUCUGCAGUCCUCCAUCGUCCUCCACCUCUCGUCCCUCACAGUCAUCCACCUGUAACCUAGUUCAUAAUCAAACUACCAAUGAAAAGCGCUUAUCGUCGACAAAAAGCCAUGCCUCUUUUAAGACUGAUGCAGCCCACAUUAAAGAAGUCGCAGGAAAUGACUGCUGCGUUCACUGCCUACUGGCCUGCCUGUUCUGUGAGCUGCUGUCCAUGUGCUCGGCGCUGGGGGAAUGUCUGGCCUGCGGAGUGGGUGGAGCUGGCUGCUGUGAGGCCUCAGCGUGCUGCUGCUGCGUGGAGGCGGCGGGGGAAGCUGCUUGUACAGAGGAGGCGUGUCAGUCACUGUUGGAUUGUGGGAUGCUGGAGAACUGCUGUGCUUCAUCUGACUGCCUGGAGAUCUGCUUGGAAUGCUGCUCCAUUGUUUUCCCUUCAUAGGGCAGCCAAUUAAAGAAGGACUGUAAGAUGAUGUCACAGGAAACAACAUAAACUCUUGAAUUUCUUUACUUGGUCUGAACGCUCCCAAUCCUGAUUGGUUUUAUGAUUUACACAAAAGUAUCAUGGAGGUUGCAAAGGACAAUUGUUUUCCUCUGAAGGUUCUCCACUUCUGAUGCUCCACAGAACACAGUGGGCAGACUGUCAAGAUAAAUAUUUAUGUAAAAGAUAUUAAAGAAUAUUUUAAUUAAACAGAAGAAAAUUU